CUUUUAUAUAAACUGGUUAUUCAGGUCAGACCAACCCAUUUAUGUGAAUUUUGUUUGGACACUAUUAAUAAUUGGAUCAAGUUUGAGACUUGUAAUACUGAAACCUCGACAUAAUUGAAUCAGAUCAGAUCUCUUGCCGGCGGCCAAGCCUCUCUUCUCUGUGGUUUCUCUCUUCCCAUCAAUUUAGAUUUUAGACGAGGAAUAAUAUGGAAGAACUGAAGCUGAUCGGUUCGAAAAAGAGCUUAUUUUGUACGAGAAUAGAGUGGGCAUUGAAGCUGAAGGGUGUAGAGUAUGAGUAUUUGGAGGAAGAUUUGGGAAACAAAAGUCCAAUUCUGCUCAAGUACAAUCCAGUUCAUAAGAAAGUUCCUGUUCUUUUACACUUAGAAAAACCUAUAGCUGAGUCUUUAGUCAUUCUUGAAUACAUUGAUGAGGUUUGGAAAGAGAACCCCUUGCUUCCCCAACACCCUUAUGAGAGAGCCAAAGCUCGAUUUUGGGCCAAAUUUGCUGAUGACAAGGUUUUGAUGGGAUCAUUUGAAGCUUGCAAAGCUCAAGGAGAAGGGAAAGAAAAACUGAUAGAAUCUGUGCAAGAAGCUUUAGGUUUUCUCGAGAAAGAAAUCGAAGGGAAGAAGUAUUUCGGAGGAGAAAGCAUUGGUUAUCUGGAUUUAGCAUUGGGUUGGAUUCAUUUAUACCUUGAUGUAUGGGGAGAAGUUGGGGAGAUGAAGUUAUUCCAAGAAGAAAAGUUUCCAUGUCUUCAUCAAUGGUCUAAGACUUUUCUUAUGGAAAAUCCAGUCGUGGUUGAGUUAUCUCCCUCGAGAGAAAUGCUCGUCGAGUUAUAUUCUACUUAUAUCGCCUAUCUUCGCUCUUUGGAAGCCAAUAAAUAGUGAAAUAAAUCUACAAGUUAGAUAAUUUGUAUAAUAAAAAUUUGUCAAGAACUUAGUUUUCUUUGUUAAACUCUGUUAUACUUAAACUUUGUUAUAUAUAUAUAUAUAAAGGAUUGCUCAAAA